GUCAUGCAACAACCAGGAAGAGCUGGCCGCACUCAUCAUCCAUCUCAUGGAGGCCUCGGGCACCUCAGCUUUGGGGGACCAGAUCCUGGCGAGGGCUUCGAUCCGCUUGCUUUUCAGCAAGUGUAGGGAAAGCUGUGACAUGCCCCCGCUGGAUGAAUCAAGGAACCCAGCCCAACCUGCUGUACCAGUUGCCAGUGCCUCGGCACCGCCAGCCAGCAACGCAGGCACCACUUGGCAGGAGGCAUGGCCAGCUAAACUUAGCGCUGAACGCACUGCUGAGCUUCGUAAACGCUUUGAAGACGACUACCCCACGGAGCUUCUGGAUAGUGACUGCUUCCCUAGCUCCCGCUUGUUGGCCCUCACCUCAAAAAUGAUUGCUGACAAGGAAAUACGGUGGCUACCAUGGAAGUUCCGCUUGAGCGCUAAAGCCCAGGACGAUAAUCUACUUAUUCGUCCAAAAAAGCUCCCCCGCUUGGCAGAGUUGAGUGACCUGCUUUUGGAUGAAGCUCCGUCUCGGGAUAUCCAUGACGGCCCAGCUUCGUUCAACUUGAUUAACCAGCUCCUCACACUGGCAGCAGACAAGCGUGCAUGGCAGCUUAUCGUUGAACUUGUCAACAUUCAUGCAUGGAAGCUGGACGACGCCCUGCACGAGGUCACCCAGGUUCGUGCCGACCUAAGCACGCUUCUUGCACCGCGAGCCCAUAUACCCAAGCACCUUUUCCAGCUUAAAGAUACUUGGAGACCUCGUCAUGAAGGCAAAGGCAACCGCCCCAACUUUCGAGGUAACGGCAAGGGCGGCAAGGGCAAAGGCGAGCACCAGUCGCAAACUGAGGAGGCCCCUGAGAGGGCAGCACGCGGCGGCAAGGGCAAGAAAGGCGCAAAUUCCAGCCCCGGCAAGUGGCUCUCUACCCUCUUUAUGGAGGGCAAGCAGCACACGCUUUGCAUGCGCUAUCAGCAAGGCCAGUGCAAGGAUCCUUCCACUUGCCGCUACCUUCACAGAUGCGCAGUGCCGAAGCCAGACGGGUGGUACAAGCUGUCCCGCUUUGUGUACCCGCUCGCCCGGCAGGCACACAAG